GGGAAAGCUGCUGCCUCAGGGAGAAGUGUGUCCCUGGCUCCCUGCCAAACUGGCCCAGUUGUCUCGGAGGCCAGAGGAGGCUCCAGGCUGGCCCAAGACUGGAGCUUCAGGGAUCAGUGGCUCCCAGGGGAGGCCCCUGCAGCCCCUGCUGUGUCGCUGGCUUCCUCUCCACACGCCUCUUGUCCCGGGACUGAGUGCAUCCUGUCUGUGAUCCAGGCCCUUCAAGCCGGUUUCAGGUCAAGAGUCAGCCGAGGAACAAGAGGCCUGUUACAUACACCCUCUGGCUCAGGAAGAGCCUCCUCCGUCACUUCCGACCGCUGCGGCCUUCUGACAUUACCAGACUCGCCACUCACCUCCCCCCCAAUAAAAAGAGUGCCUUAGGAUCUCCCAAUGGGGCGUCUUGGCUCUGGGCUCACGUUCCCCGUGAGCUUCCUGGUCCUGGCAUGGGCGGCAGGCUCCGGGAGUGUGCAGGUCCUGCGUCGGCCCACCUGCUUCUCCGACUACAUCAGCACCUCCACCUGCGAGUGGAGGGUGGACCGCCCCGCCAACUGCAGCGCUGAGCUCCGCCUCACCUACCAGCUGGAUUUCCCGAAUUCUAAAAACCACACGUGCAUCCCUGAGAACAUAGAAAGCACACUGUGCCUGUGCGAUAUGCUGAUGGACGACAUGGUCAAAUCGGACACCUAUCAGCUGGACCUGUGGGCUGGGAAGCAGCUGCUGUGGAGUGGCUCCUUCCAGCCCGGCGAGCACGUGAAGCCCAGGGCCCCUGUGAACCUCACCGUCGAAGCCGUCGUCCCCCGCCUGUGGCAGCUGUGCUGGGACAACCCGUACCCUUCGGAGAGUUACCUGCACCGCGAGCUCUCCUACCAGGUCAUCGUUUCAGAUGAAGAAGACCCAGCGUCGGAAAGAGAGCAGCAAAUUCAAGAUCCUGAGGUGGCACUGAGCUUUGGAGGAGCAGGGGACAUUGAGGACCAGUGUGACAAGAGCUCAAAGCACAAGGGGAGGGGAGGAGGGGCUGAGGCGGGAGGGCUUGGGGGUGGCCAGAUGGUGCAGGGUCUGGGAGGACCCUUUCCUGAGUCUGGGUCUCCAGCUCUGGGGAGUGAAGCCAGGCUGCGCUGGGCACAAUGCAGGCUCACGGCUUCCCUCCCACUUCCAGACUACACGUCCUGGGAGCAGCACCUGCCGCUUGGCGUCCUCAUCGCCUGCAUGGUCAUUCUGGUCAUCUGCGUGUCCUGCUAUUUCAGUAUCAUCAAGAUUAAGAGAGAAUGGUGGGACCAAAUCCCCAACCCAGCCCACAGCCCCCUCGUGACCAUCGUCAUCCAGGAGCCUCAGGUGUCACUGUGGGGGAAGAAACCCGGAGGCCAGGAGCCAGCCAAGCGCCCACACUGGAAGACUUGUCUUACUAAGCUCCUGCCCUGUUUACUGGAGCAUGACACAGAAAGGGAUGACAGUUUCUUCAAGGCUGCCAGAAAGGGGCCUUCCCAGGGGCCUGGAAGAUCACCGUGGUGCCCUGGGCCGGUCAGCACGACGAUCCUCUCACCGGAGAGCGUCAGCGUGGUGAAGUGUGUGGAGCUGCUAGAGGCCCCGGUGGAGAGUGAGGAGGAGGAGGAGGUGGAGCAAGAUAAAGGGAGCUUCUGCCCGUCUCCUGAGAGUGGCAGCUUCCAGGACAGCAGGGAGGGCAUCGCGGCCCGGCUGACAGAGAGCCUGUUCCUGGACCUUCUCGGGGCUGAGAAUGGGGGCCUUUGCCCGCAGGACCUGGGGGAGUCCUGCCUCCAUCCACUUUCAGAAGGCGGGAGUGCUCAGAGACCUUGGGCUGAGUUACCGAGCGAGGAGAGCGAGGAGAGCGAGAACGAGGAGCCUUUCUGCCCGGAGUCAGCCCCUCCGACGCAGAGCCCCGCCCACCUGGCUUUCCCAGAGGCACCCGCAGUCGUAGCCGACAACCCCUCUUACCGCAGCUUCAGCGACUUCCUGAGCCAGUCCUCAGGUGCAGGAGAGCUUGCCUCAGAUGCACAGCUGUCCGAACGCCUGGGGGGAGAGGACCCCAACAUCCUCUCUGCUCCCCAGCCCUCCGAGCUGCCCGCUGCACUCCAGCCUGAGCCAGAAACCUGGGAGCAGGUCCUCCGCCGGAGCGUCCUGCAGCACAGGGCAGCCGCAGCCCCCGCCACGGCCGCCCCCAGUGGCUAUCGGGAGUUUGUGUGCGCGGUGCAGCAGGACAGCGCCCUGGGCGGUGGGUCGUUGGGCUGCGGCCCUUCCGGAGCAGCUGGGUACAAGGCCUUCUCCAGCCUGCUCAGCCGCGGUGCCACCUGCCCAGGCACACCUGGAGUUGAGGCCAGCAGUGGGGAGGGGUGCUACAGGCCCUGCCAGAGCCUCACUUCUGGCCACCCAGGGGUUCCUGCCCCCGAACCGCUGUUCACCUUUGGCCUGGACAUGGAGCCGCCUCACAGCUCUCAGGACUCACUCCUCCCAAGCAGCCGCCCCAAGAGCCCCAGUCUGGAGCCAGUGGCAAAGGGGGAGGACCAGCAGAAGGCCCUGCUCUCCCUGGAGCUGACCACAGACCCCCUCGGGGACGACCUGGGCAGUGGCAUUGUCUACUCAGCCGUUACCUGCCACCUCUGCGGCCACCUGAAGUGGUGUGACAGCCAGGAGGAGCAUGGCCAGGCCCAUGUUGUGUCCAGCCCCUGCUGUGGCUGCCACUGUGAAGACAGGUCCGAGCCCCCAACGAGCCCUCUGAGGGGCCCAGACCCCCUGCCAGGUGGGGUUCCCCUGGAGGGCAAGUCCUCCCCGUCCUUCCCGCCUGGCCCCAGCAAUGCUCAGAGCCCCGGCCGGAGCCUCCAAGUGGCGGCCGUGCCCUCUGCAGGGCCCGUGUGCACGAGUGCGUCCUAGGCGAGGGCCCCCCCCCUGGUUGCUGCGAGCCCCUCGCCUGCGCCUGUGAACGCCUUCCCGCAAGGCAGCCCGGCCGGCAGGUUGCCGAGACUCAGAGGAGCCACUUGCCACCUCAUCGGUCCACAGCUUCUCCAGCGUACCCUCCCCAUCAUGUCCCCGCAAGGCAUGUUUUGUCCACCUAGGCCCUUGUCUUGCCCAGUCCUGGGACCAGCUGCUGCCAUGUCACUGGCUUAGAUGCCAAGCCUAGAAAGUAACCUGGCCAGCAGGGGGGGCUUUGGGAGGCCUGGGCAACAGAUGGGAGAGUGAGGCCCUGGGAAGGUGGUUAUUUGCCCAGAGGUGCCCAUUCAUUGGACGGAGCUUCAUCAGGUUGACACUGGAGCCAGGAUCUGGACCGUGGGGGCUGCUCAGUCAGGGCAACAGAGGCCCAUGAAAAGGAGUGAUUACCACGCGGUGAGUUUGCUGCCAGAGCCCUACACAGCUGUAAGGCUGGGCUCCUGUUAAGCGUGGCAUCCCCAGAAUAAACACACCCAGCUCCCUUGGGGCCGGUCUGCGCCCCCACGGACACCAUUGCUGGCAGCCACAGAGGCCAGAGGGAGAGCCUCGUGCCUGUGACCUGGCUGAGCUGGGCGUUCCAGACGCUGACAUCGGGCACCUCCAUCCUGCACGCUGGCCCAGACCUGGGGUUCAGUAAUGCUUGUGUGUGUGCAUCUCAAAGAUGGUUGAGACCUGGGUUUGUAUUUGCUGAGGAGGGCGGGGUGGGAGGGGCGGCGUUUUCUAUA